AUGCAAGACUCAGAUUCGCAUUCCGUGUCUGGAACAGAGAGAAAAUUAGAUUGCUCGUCGACACUUCCUGAUGAAAUAUUAGAGAAAAUAUUUUUUGAGCUUCCGCUUUAUGAUGUUAUGAAACUGAGCUUGGUAUGUAAGCGCUGGAAUGUUGUGUCUCGUUCAAAUUCGGUGUGGCAAAAAUUUGUACCCAGGAACUGUGGAAUACAUUUGCCCAAGGCAGAUACCCAGUAUGGCGUGUUUCGAAAGCUUUGGAUGAAUAGUCUCCAAAUCGGGACGGAGCGAUGGUUUCCUAACCCGUUGCCGGAUUUGGUGGAUUACGACACUGCACUCCGAGAAGAGGAACGCGAGGAAAGUGGCGAAAUGGUGGAAUCAAAGUGUGUGCUUUAUCUUCGUUUGAACCAAGAAUAUCCACUCACUACUGAUGGGCUAAACAGAGACGACUCUGUUAUGGUGGAAACGGUUCAAGCUAUUUUCGAUGAAUUCGGACACGUGCAAGAUUUGCAGGUCAACCCCUUGAUACACGAUGCAAAAUCUGCCAUGGAAUGCUCUUGCUUCCCAGAUAAGAAAUUUGCAAUGGGGCUGGUAUUACACUGUCUUGAGUCACAACAUUUCUUAGAAUUCAAGAGAGAUCCUGAUAGAGACGAUCCAGAGUUAGAUGAAGAAGGAUAUCGAGUAAAGAUGCAGGACGAUCAGAAAAUAAACCGUUUGGAUGACAAACUGUUCAAUCAAAUAAGAACUAUACUUGUUGGUAAAAAUAAUCGCCUUGUUUGUUAUGAUCUGAAUGACGGCUGUUAUGGUAAUACUUUUACGUAUGCAAGGCACUUGGUACUUAGUGACACGGCUGCAGUUUAUUGUGUGGAAUAUUAUGAAACCUUCUUUGACUAA